UCAAAAAGCUCGCGUGUGUCUUGGCGCAUUUCUACGGGUCCCACCCGGUGUUGGACCCCGGGGCAGAGCGAGUGGCCUGGGACCAAUACCAGCACACACUAGCGGAAGAGCUAGCGCCGAGCACAGCGCUGCGCUUGGAGCUGGAUGACGUGGAGUUCGCUCUACGGGGCCAAAAGCCGGGCGGGGCUCCCGGGCCAGACAGCAUCCACGGGGUGCUGCUGAAAAACCUCCCGCAACAGGGCAAGCAGCUCUUGCGCGCAACCUUCGAGCAAGG